AUGUCACACGAAAGCACAGUGGGCAAGGAGGACCUAGUGGUAGGUCAGGAAUAUUUCGGUUCCAUUGUCGUUCAAGUAAGCCAGGACGUCCAAGAUUCAAAAGAUACAUACAAAAUCAAGCGGACAGUAACCCUGAAGUCAGGCGUGGUAUUGAUAGAAGAUUAUCACCGAUCCAAAAGCCUCGGUGAAGUUGAAUCCUACGAGAGCUCGUUGCCAGCCUCGGAAAUCGACGAACCGAAGAAGGAUGAUAGUGAUUUACGAGCGAAAGCUCGUGCAUUACUCGCUGCGAAAAAGAAGAAAGCUGAGCCAGAGCCCGAGCCUAGUGAGUCUUCGGAAUCUGAAGCUCCUCCAUCUAUUUUAGAUGAUAACUGGGAAACUCUUCCAGCGGUAGUUAUUGCAGAAGAUGACGUCCCCGACUUGGAAGCGGUGGCUAUGAAAUCUGAAGAACCCACCCAAAUAGGUGUCUGGCGAACAGAUGAAAAUACCAAAGAUUUUGAACCCAUGGAUGUGGUCAUUCACAAAGAAGAGCCAACAGAUUUGGAACCAGAUGAACCUCAUGGACAAGUUGUUAUAGCAAAUGAUGCCAAGCCAAACAAGGUCGGAAAGAUUGCUCCAGGAAAGCUCAUAUUUUUGGCGCCUGACGCAACACCUGAUCCAGUUGAUUGUAAACCCGUGGGACAUUGGAGACCAGGAAGACUUGGACAAGGCUGGCCACCAACCGGUGAUGGAGGUGAACCCAGGAAGGUUGGAAAGCUUCCGAAAUGGCAAGCUGGCGGUGGCUGGAAAACCGGCAAUGCAAUUGUAUACCCAAAGAAAUCAGUACCCAACGUUAAUUUUGGUGGCACUUCUCGAGGUGUUUGGAAGUCGAAAAAUUCUGUAGACGACAAAUGGAAAGCUCAACCUGUGACUCUGUACAAAGGUGAUCCAGACAUUGAUGAUGAUAGACCACAAGGUGUAUGGGGAACGGACCCUGGUGCAAAACCAGACGUACUUGGACAAUGGAAACCUAAAGACUUGCAUUUUUAUCCUCCUGGAGAGAGCCCUGAGAAUGAUAAGGAGUGUGUUGUCCAAGGCAAAUGGUCGUUUGCAGAAAAAAGUUCGUGGCCGCCUUCGACGGAAAGCAAAACUGGUAGAAGUGUUGGCAAGCUGAACAUGAGCAAAUUAAUGUCCCAUCAAAAGGCUACAGUAUUUCCAAUUAAAAAGGCACCUAAAAGAAGUAACAGUGGUGGCGCUACCAAUGGGGUCUGGAAGUUUAAGGACAAAGAUGCCGAAAGGAAAGCUAGUAAAUGGAUUCCCGCGAACGUUGAAGUGGUCAAAAAUGGAGAAGAAGCACAUGAUUGGAAUGAUGAUGGGAGACCAAAUGGAGUCUGGGGCGUCAGCGCCAAAACCGACCCCGAUGAUAAAGACUUGAAACCGACCGAUGUCCACUUUUAUCCUCCAGAUGAAAAGCCAGAGGAGGAUUUCAAACCGGUUGGAAAGUGGAGAGUAACGCCACGCUCAAGUUUUCCUCCGACGUCUGUUAGUAGGUCUCUCAGUCCAAUGCCUGAUAGCAAAGAAGAAGCCGCGGCUAAAGAAGCGAGAAAAGUUGGAAAGCUACAGUUGCCUGGUGCAUUUAGCGGAAAGUAA